UCCACGCCGUCUGCAAAUGACUGCUCAUAUAAUUCUAGGGAUCGCCCUGGCUCCGCAGCCACUCACGUGUGUUGUUUCAUACAGCCAUGAAAGCAUUAUCCAAUCACCGUCUGUUUUACAAACACUGCCUUCACGCUAUUGGCUAACCGUAAACAAGGGCGUUUUUUUGGGGUGCUCGCUCCAACAGCACCAUCUCUGGCAGGUGUUGUGCGCUUUAAAACCACACAGCAGGAUAAUUUUUAGGACGAUAGGCAGGUAGUUGUAGAGAAUUAAGCUCUCUUUAGGUUAUUUUUUUGUUCUUUUUUUGUUUUUGUUUUACGCGUUUAUGUUUGUGCCAUUGAAGUCGAUGCGGACCCCAGCGGAGCGGCGGUGAAUGAGAGGAACGUCGGGGUUCCCCUCUCUCCUCUCUCUGAGCCAGACACUUGGUGUUUUUACAACCAGCGGCGAAUUAGGCAACAGCUCCUUCAUCACGCAGCUUCAGAGAAAAGACGGAAAAGCCCCUACAUGUUGAAUAUAUCUCACCACCGGCCGAGUCCUGAAUGAGAGAGGAGUCCUUCACGACCGCGGCCGCCGUCAGGAUCCCCCCCAUUCCCGGAGCUGCCUCUGUUCUCCUUCGCCCGCCGGUGUUGGCACCAGAAAAUGAUAUGUUGAUGAUAUUUUCUGGAAGCGGUCGUGCCUUUUGUUUUCAUCUCGGGGUUUGCGAUAUGCGGAUCCGCGGGGACGCCACGGAGCCCGGGCGAGCGGACGUUUUUGCUCUGCUUUGAAAAAUGAGGAAGCGAUUUCAUAAAGACCCAGAAAAUGGCAAGAAGGUCUCGUCGUCCGUGGGCCCGGAUUUGAGCAAAAUGAGAAAGAAAGGGGCGAACGCAACAGCGACGGCAUGAAUAGUUUCUCACAGAAUGACACCGAGGGAUGUAAAACGGCGGAGGUAGACGAGACGCAGCAUCGAUGAAGGCGAUCUGGACAAGUUUUGAGUCGCUCAUAAUGAACAGAAACACUUCACAGCUUCGUGUCAGAUCGUUUUCACCAUACUGAAAGCUAUUUCCUUUCGCCUUUUUUUUGGAAAUUUUUUCCAAUUCAUCAGUCAUUUCUCUCUCUCUUUUUUGUUUUGUUUUUUUACAUUGCAUGUUUUAUAUAUUUUUUUCUUUUAUAUUUUUGAUCCGGAACCAGCCCUGACUGUUCAAUGGAAGUAUGUUAUCAGUUGCCGGUUUUGCCUCUAGACAGGCCGGUUCCUAAGCAUGUCCUCAGCCGGAGGGGAGCCAUUAGUUUCAGCUCCAGCUCUUCCCUCUUCGGGGCUCCUGAUCCAAGACAGCUGUCACAGAGACGAGGGGCCAUCUCCUAUGACAGCUCUGAUCAGACAGCGCUGUACAUUCGUAUGCUAGGAGCUUGUGUAGUGUUCAAACAGCUGUUUGCAAGAGAUGUGAGAGUACGAAGUCAGGUUGGAUUUGAACCGGAACGCCGAAGCUCCCACCCCUACCUUUGCAUAGACUUCCGAACUCUUCACACGCGGCUGAGCUGCGGAUCCUCGCCGGCUGACUCUGGUACUGAAAAGAGGGUCCACAGGCUGCUCAGCUUCCAGCGAUACCUGCACUCGUCCCGCCUGCUGCGCGGAAUCCCCCAGCAGAUCCCCCUCCACAUCCUCGACGAAGACUACAGCGGACAGGCUAGAUGCAUGUUGGAAAAAGUUGGCAACUGGAAUUUUGACAUUUUCCUCUUUGACAAGCUGACAAAUGGAAACAGCCUGAUCACCCUGACCCUGCACCUGCUCAACCAGUACGGCCUGGUGGACCUCUUCCAGCUGGACAUGGUCAAGCUUUGGAGGUUCCUGGUCCUGGUGCAGGAAGACUACCACAACGACAACCCAUAUCACAACUCUGUUCAUGCUGCAGACGUGACACAAGCCAUGUACUGCUACCUGCAGGAGCCCAUGCUGUCGAAGUCUCUAACGUCAUACGACAUCCUGCUGGGACUUCUUGCGGCCGCCACACACGACCUGGACCAUCCUGGGGUCAACCAGCCCUUCCUCAUCAAGACUGACCACUAUUUAGCCACACUCUAUAGAAAUACCUCGGUUCUGGAAAACCACCACUGGAAGUCAGCAGUGGGUCUCCUCAGAGAGACCGGACUGUUCUCUCACCUGCCGCCUGAGGACAGCAUGAACAUGGAGAGGGAACUGGGCUCUUUAAUCCUGGCUACGGACAUCAGCAGACAGAACGAUUACCUGUCCAGGUUUCGCACCCACCUGGACCAGGAGAGCCUGUGCUUGAGCAACGCUAGCCAUCGUCACUUUGUCCUGCAGAUGGCUCUGAAGUGUGCAGACAUCUGUAACCCCUGCAGGCCCUGGGAGCUGAGCAAGCAGUGGAGCGAGAAAGUGACGGAGGAGUUCUUUGAACAGGGAGACAUCGAGAAGAAACACAAACUUCAAGUCAGCCCGCUCUGCGACAGAGAGACGAACACCGUCGGCAACAUCCAGAUAGGCUUCAUGACGUACGUGGCAGAGCCGCUGUUCGGAGAGUGGGCCCGGUUCUCGGACACGCGCCUGUCUCAGACCAUGCUGGGUCACAUGGGGCUGAACAAGGCCAGCUGGGGCGGCCUGCAGCCGGAGCAAGCCGCCGUCUCCGAGGAGACGGAGCCGAGCGCGGCCGGCGCCGACGCAGGAGGAAGCCGCUCCAAAGAAAUACCUCAGGGAAGCGGAGAAUCCUGACACUCCUUGUUCGCCCUUUCACUUCGACCUCCUGACCCCAGGGGGCCUCAUCCACACACUGAGGGCAAGUGGAGCUCCCACCGCUGGCCCGGCCUAAUUUGAACACCUUGUUGAUAUGUUGUUGCUUUGGCCUCCCAUCACAAUAAACCACUGAUUUUUUUUUUUUUCCUUUUCUUUUUAUUUAAUUUAUUUAAUGAAAAAAAAAAUUUUUUUUGGCAUAGAGCAAUACAUAGAUACCUCAUUUGGCAACUGCUGUAUUUUCUCUUGUUUGCUUUGUUUUAUUUAUUUGAGGACUGUAUUUUUGAGGCAUUAACGACUAAAUAUGCCUCUUGUUUUUUGUUAUCGUGGAACGUUGAGGUGAAAGCAGUAUAAACUGAAAACUUCAUUUCUUUUUUCUUUUUUUUUUUGGUAUUUUUGAAGUGCCAUUUGAAAACAAAAAUAAAAUUGAAAAAAAUACAAAUUUUGACGGACAACUGGAGUGUUCGGAGACCCUCCUGAGACUUUUUCAGUUUGCCGUGUUGCAUUUGUACUGAAGAUUCUUCCUUAUGUACAAAAAAAGAGGGAGAGAGAAAAAAAAAGAAAUGUGACAAGCCCAGUCCUUCUGCUGCCUCUGAGAAGACUGUUUACGCAUCUCCAUGUUUGUUGUACUUUUUUUUUUUUUUUUUUUUCCUUUUGAACUGAAGCGACUCCCGUCGGCUCCACAGUUUGCCUUCGAAGCACAGGCAUACGAAAUGAAGCGAACCACUCGAUUGAACUGUCGUCCCACUGUUGAAGCCAUGAGCUGAACUUUAUUCAAAACAAACCAGAUGCCAUAUUAACUCCACCUGUGCUAGCGUGUGUUCCUGCACGUCGUCUCCCUGACCCUCUCCUGGUGAAGGUGAGGCACCGACCGUGUUUCUGCAUGGCCCCGCUCUCCCCCCUCCCCUCCCCCCCCCUGCCUACAGGAGAGGGCUCAGACUCUCCCAGAUCUCACCUGGAUCGCCACUCCAUGCAACUCCACUCGCUCAGGGUUUUUACCAGUCUUUUAUGUUAUCCAGCGAAUGAGGGGGGGGGGGAGACGGAGGCGGCUACAGACGAUGCAGGGUUGUUGUUUCUUUUUCUUCUUUCCCCUGUUGGUUUGGAUAAACCGAAGGAGACUCCCUCGGCGCAGAAUGUCUCUCACGGCCACAUGAAACCUAACGGACUGCUCGACUGAUGCCUUAUAACUAUGCACAAACUAUGCUAAGUGACCAAACCAACUCCUGUUCCCAUCAAGUGCAUGGUGUGCUUGUUUGUGAAUGCACUGUCUGACCCCCUUUUGCCUUUUCUUUUUCCUGUUGUGAGGAAUAACUCCAGCUUUUUCUCUUUUUUUCCCCCCCUCUUCCUUUUUGUACGGAUACAGAACCAGUUGAGUGAAUCAAAAACAUUCCAUUCCUUUUUUUUUUUUUUGUUUGUUUGGGUUUGUCCAUUUUGAUUCUGUACAGUGGCACAGGUUGUGUUUGUGUUGAAACGUUUGGAACGAUAACAGGUGCUUUUCUUACUUUAGCUGAUUUGUAUUUUGCUGUAAAGUGCUGUAAGACUGUUGAUACAACUGUUUACAAUUUGUUGCGACAGCCAUUUUUGGGAAGACUUCAGUGUCGAGCCAGAUUUUUGUAAAGGCUUUGCUGUAUUGACCUUUUUGAUACAUGCCUGUUGCAGUUACGAUUUGAAUAAUAAAUCCUGUUGAUGAAUUUUC